GUGAAGCAGUUGUUGCUCGGACAGUUAAGAGGGACGGACACGAUUUUGUUUUCCGAGCGCAACAGUUGUACAUUUAGUCAUUACGACAGUGUUACUUUAAUUUAACUUUCAGUUUUUCGGCUAUGUUUGAGUACUAUGGCAGAGGACGACCUGGAGGCGUUCAGGGAGCGUUGGAAACGGGAGCUCUCGUGUAAGAAAGAAGCCUCUGCUCCUAUUUCUCCCACUUCCUUGAGCGUUCCUGGCGAGCCAGGUCAGAGAGACUCGAAAAAUCGAUAUUUUGAGGACUUAAACAUACCCAGCAUACAAGAACAGAGAGGAAGCAGGAGGACAAAAUCGGGUGAGGGUGGAGGAGAGAGAAGUGAUGAGGGAGGAGACGCACCUCAGUAUGUGUCUAUUGCAAGUAGUUUGCUGGAUGGAAGGACUAGUCCCUUGUUGGACAGGAUUCAGGAGGAGAGGAUCAGAAGGAAGAGGCAGCAUCAGAACAUGAGUGAUGUGUGCAGCCCGCCGUCCCUGCAGCCUAAUCGAAAGGCCAGUAAAGGCAAAGAGCUGGUUGAUCAACUCAUUCAAGAUCUGAAUGAGGUCAGUGACAUUCCCUUCUUUGAUGCUGAGUUGCCAUACGAGUUGGCAUUAAAAAUAUUCCAGUAUCUCAACUGUGCUGAAUUAGGACGUUGUGCACAGGUGAGCAGGCCAUGGAAAGUCCUUGCAGAGGACAGCGUCCUGUGGUUCAGGCUGUGUGUGAGAGAGGGUUAUCAUCAGGAUGCCUGCUUGUCUGACUCCCCCUGCUGGAAGAGCACGCUGCGAGACUGCAGGAACUCAGCCCGGACUGUGUGUUCCAACUGGAAGAAUCGAGUGGGAUCAAUUACCCAGCUUCAGUUUGAACUUGGCAAAGUGUUGUGUGACGCAAGUUCCUGUGACAGCUUCAUCUUUGCUGGGUACACGUCUGGGGAUGUGAGACUGUGGGGCACCCUGCACUGGGACUCCACAGCGUCCUACCUGAAGGCCAACAGUCUGUCUUUGAACUCCAACCCCAGGCCAUACGUUAGUCACGUCCAGGUCAACAGCACAGUGGCCGCUGCUGCUUAUGAAGAUGGCUGUGUGGAUCUGUGGAGCACGGAAAUGGGUGGAGAGCCCAUUUAUCACUACCAGAACCCAGGAAAGAUCCAGGCCCUGGUCCUGAGUACAGACAGUCCCGUCCUAGCCUGCACUGCUGGAGGUGAUGUUCGAAUAGACUCUGCAGAUAAUCGUGGCUACUGGAGGAGACUGUGCCAUGCACACCUGCCAAAGACUGUAGAGCGCAUGGUCCUGGUGCCCGGCAGGGGGCAGCACUGUGCACUGCUAGCCCUGGCAACAGAUGAGACUGUGUAUCUUCUGGAUCCCCAGUGGGAGGAGCCACGCUUACUCCACUCUGUCUAUGGUCAUCCUGUCACCUGCUUAGAUGCCUCCAACUCCCAUGUUGCACUGGGGGUGAAGCGCACAGGCUGGGCAAUGCAUGAUGGUGGGAACAAGAUACACGUAUACAGCAUAGAAACGGGCCAAACGACAGUUUGUGUGGGCAACUCGCCGGGAGACUUUAUUUGUAUCAAUCUGGCAGACGGCCCACCCAACCUGCUGGCGUGCGGAAACAAAGACAGGCGGGUCAGGGUGUUUGACCUACGAUCCGGGUCCUCUGUGGCGUCACUGUACGCUCAUCACCUGGGUGUCACCACAGUGCAGGCAGAUGAUUGGAAGAUUGUGAGCGGUGGAGGAGAAGGACUUGUAUGUGUGUGGGAGAUGAGGACAGGAGCCAAACUGUGGGAGAUGCACAACAGGCAUCCUGUGAGGCAUGUGCGUUUUUACUCCAGCACUCUGGUAACAGCCAACAUCCCAGAUGACAAGUCACCGCGGGGGGCCUGUAUCACAGAUGAUGACCUGACAGCUCACCGCAGACACCGUGGAGUCAUCUGCCAUUACGACUUCUCAGAGGACGCCUCCUCCCAGGAUCACAUACUGCCCAUCUGCAGGUCAAACUACACCGAGUCCACUGGUUACAACUACAACAUCAGCCUGGCGGUGCCUUACGACAGGCUGUCUGGUUCCCAUCCAUCACACUGACUUUCACUUUCCCACACUGACACCAGGAUUAGUUUACAGCUUAACGGACAAAAAAACAGAUCCCAGAUCAGUUUGAUUCUCCAAACUCUACCCUUUAUUUUUUUGUUAGUGUUUUUAUUUCAUUCAGUUUUAAGUUAAAUGAAAUGUUUCUAUGUACGUGCUGUACAUUUAUAAAUUUUGCAUAGGUAUUAAUGUAUAACUUGCAUUUCAAAUAUACACAUCACACAGAUCAGUGUCAUAGCACAACAUUCAAUUUAAUUAUUAGUUAUCUUUGGUUUUCCAGAUCUCUGCCACUGUACAGUGUUGUAAAAAGAAGAAAAAUAAAAGAAGCAUACACUAAAAAUGUUUUUUUUUUCUACAAAUUAUCUUCAGUAUGUAUUUAUUCUUUGAAUUUAUUUUGCUCAUUCACAUAAUUAGGUGCAAAUUUUACAGUUAUUCUGUAAAAACUAUUUCUUAAAUCCUGAUCAAAAAGUUGUAAAUGUUAGUUAUCAUAAAAUCAUAGCAGAUCUUCCAGGCGAAUGGAUUUUCUCCAUGGAACAAUAGUUGCUAGUUACACAAUCUCAUCAAUGCUAUUAAAUUGUUGGUUGAAUCCUGCCACUUCAGCUGGUGGCCAUAAUCAGUGACCCGCGACUGCCAGAGCAGCUUUUGGCAGUGAAACAUUCACAUUACAGGCUGAUAACACACAGAUGUGUAUAAUUUGACGGCUUGAGAAGAGAAUGCAGAGAGGUGUAGUAUGUUAGUCUGCAGUCUGAUAAUAGGACAUAAACUCAUCUCUGAACUGUUACGCUUGUCUGAAGAAGCAUGAACACCCCCACCCCCUUUUUGGAUUUAGAAAUAAAACAAUGCUGUAGAAUU